UAUAAAUAGAGUUAAAUUUAUAAAUAAUUUAAUUUCGUCUACAUUUGAUUUAAUUGACGCAAAAUGACUAAUAAUCAGAAACAAAAUGCUAAGAGAAGUGGUCGCCAGAGACGACCUCCACAAAGACCAGUGUUUCGACCGCAACGUAUGGCUCCGGCCCGACGUCUCAGACCUAAUAUAAGGACUAAUAACGACGACGCAAGACUACUAUUGUCUAAUUUGGGAACAGAUAUAUCUAUUCAAGACAUUAACCGACAGUUUUCAAAGUAUGGAAAAGUGGCUAAAGUUGUGGUUCAUCUCAACAACUUUGGAGUAUCUGUAGGAACGGCUGAAGUUUGGUUUAGUAAAGGCGAUGAAUCGGCUUCUGCUAAAAGUAGACUAAAUGUCAAAGAUAUCUUUGAUGACGGACGUGUUGUGCGAAUCGAGAGAUUCAAGAAUGUGAUCGUAAACAGCAGUUUCUGGAAACACAUCCUAAACGUGAGCGACAAAUCAUCAACAGGUCUAUUGAAAGCGGCUCAAGAAAUCAUCAAAAAGUUUUGAUUAUUUUAAUAACAACUGCUUUUGUGACAAAUUAUACCAAUUAAUAUGCAAACUAUUGACAUUAUAAAAUUAUAUGAUUAUUAUAAAAAU